AUGUAUUGUCCAUUUUGUGGGGCUACGCUUGAAAGCUGCCCUUCUUUUUGCAGCACAUGUGGAAAAAGCGUACAGUUUCUCAGAGACAAAGUUCCUGAUGGAAAUGAGCCCAGCACCAGUGCAGGAAAAACAGAGAAAAGUUCAGUGGGUUGCUUCAUGAAGUACAGGGCAUUAAAGGAGAAGGAGAGGAAAACCUUCUUUACAAAGAAAAAUCAUGACUCUAAGAAGGAUAAAAAAACACUGAAGAUUUACAUUGGAAUUAUGAAAAGACAUGAUGGUGUUCUAAAGCCCAUGAGAGGGAGGAGCCUGCCUCUUGAAGUUCAAACAAACUGGUCAUCUGAGCAAGUGUUAAUAGCUGGUGAAAAGAAAGUAAAAGAUUUUAAUCAGGACAUGGAAGAGGGUCCCUAUGUUUUACUGUACCCAGAUUGUUCAGAGGUUAAACAUAUUCCUGGAACAAACACCCCUUUUAAACUACAGCUGUACAAAGAGGCAAUUGGGAAGACUUACCAAAGAAUAACACUGUUCAUAUGCACAGUUCAAGACUUUUCAGCCACUGACUGUAAUGAGGAUUCUUCUAGUGAAGACAGUGAAGUGCAAGUAAAAUCUACCUCUCACAGUCCACUUGAUGAAAAUGACACUUUGAUAUGGGAUAGUCCAGAUGAAGCAAGAACACCAAAGGCAGGAAGCACAUUGGACAGACACCCUGAUCACUCUCUGCCUUUUUUGGAACAAGAAGCAGGAAAAAUCAGAACAAACAUCCAUGAACAUGUACGUGACCAACAAAAGUGCUACACCAAUUACACACAUCUGUAUGCACCAAUAGUAAUCGAAAGUGAUUCAGAAGAGUCAGACCACAGCACACAAUGUGUUGAAGAGGAAUGGUUCUCAGAUGCAUUCACUGCUGCAGACAUUGUGUCAGAUCUCUCACAGAAGAUCAUAAGGACAUCUUGCAGCAGAUUCAACAUAAAUCGAGCUAAUGUUUGGGAUGGAGCAGUUCGCGGUUUUAAACGUGCAUCAUAUGAUCCAUUGCAUGACAUGCUUGUCAAAUUCACAGAUGAUGAAGGCACAACUGAAGAUGCAGUGGACACAGGUGGUCCGAAACGUGAGUUUCUAUCCCUCCUAAUGGACUGUUUAAGAGCACGGAGAAUCUUUGAUGGUCCAGAAAAUAGGAGAUUUCUCACCUUUAAUAAUGGAGCUGUCAGGGAAGAUGAAUACUUCCUUGCUGGGCGGAUGAUCGCAGUUUCUAUUGUUCACGGUGGUCCAGGUCCUCGCUUUCUCUCAGAUAUGCUGUACAAUCACCUCACUGGUAGUGCUGACAUUAAUGGAACAGUUGAGGAUGUAACAGAUAAGACCAUGAAAGCAGCUUUAAUUGAGAUAUCCAGUGCAGCAUCACUGCAUGAAUUACACAUGCUUAUUGACAAGUAUGAAAGCUUGCUGCAGACUGCUGGAUGUUUUGAUUACCCACAAAGUGUAGAGGGCAAAGACAACAUUGUGAAGGAUUUCAUACAGUGGUACAUAAUAUACAGAAACCAGUACUCGGUACAAAGAUUUAGGGAUGGGCUUUCCACCCUGGAUGUCAUCCAUGCCCUGGAACAACAUCCUAGUGUAUUCAGACCCUAUAUGUGCUACAGUGUUGACAGACUAACACCUGAAUCUCUGGAGGGUGUCUUCAAGGCUCUGCUCAGCGAAGCUGGUAGCACCAGACGACAAGAAGAAACAAGAAUUCUGGGAUACUGGAGAGAUUAUCUGCUUGACACUGGAGAACAAGAAUCAGGAGUCUCCCUCCAGGACAUCCUAAUGUUUGCUACGGGAUUGGAUUCACUGCCUCCUUCAACAAUUGUGCCUCAGCCCCGACUGAGUUUUGAGAGGACUUCUAAAUUCCCUAUUGCAAGCACCUGUGCCAACACAAUACAACUGCCAAUGUCCAAAAGUUAUGAAGAGUUCAAAAAUGCAAUGGAUUUUGGUAUUCAAAACUCACCUGGUUUUGGAUUGCACUGAGUAGAACAAUGUGAAAUGUUAAAGAGAUAGCUCACCCACAAAUGUAAAUUGUCACAAUUUAUUCACCCUCAUGUUGUUCCAAACCCGUAUGAGUUUCUC